AGUCGAAAACGACAGGCGGCGACGGCUUCUCGGUGGGUAAGUGGGGCAGUGGUCGUAGUCUCUCGAGGUCCCGCUCCUCUGCGGCCUAAUCUCUAAGCCCGGGCCGCGGUCGGCGUUCUCCUCUGGGGCUCCGCGCCCGGAACCUCGGCUUCCUCAUCUGCUCUGAGAUGGGAUAAUUCCUACAGGAAGUAAUUUAAUUGCAGAAGACAUUGGUCAAAAUGGUUUCCAAAAGAAGAUUGUCAAAAUCUGAGGAUAAAGAGAGCCCGACAGAAGAUGCCUCCAAAACCAGGAACCAACCACUUCCUAAGAAGACAAAGAAAUCUCAGGUUCUUAAUGAAGUUGAAGAAAAUGACAGCAUCUUUGUAAACCUUCUUAAGACAUCAGGAAUUAUUCUUAAAACCGGAGAGAGUCAGAAUCAGCUAGCUGUGGAUCAAAUAGCUUUUCAAAAGAAGCUCUUUCAGACCCUGAGGAGACACCCUUCCUAUCCCAAAAUAAUAGAAGAAUUUGUUAAUGGCCUGGAGUCUUACAUUGAGGAUGAAGACAGUUUUAGGAACUGCCUUUUAUCUUGUGAACGUCUGCAGGAUGAGGAAGCCAGUAUGGGUGCAUCUUAUUCUAAGAGCCUCAUCAAACUGCUUCUGGGGAUUGACAUAUUACAGCCUGCCAUUAUCAAAGCCUUAUUUGAGAAGUUGCCAGAAUAUUUUUUUGACAACAAGAACAGUGAAGAAAUCAACAUACCUCGACUCAUUGUCAGUCAACUAAAAUGGCUUGACAGAGUAGUUGAUGGCAAGGACCUCACCACCAAGAUCAUGCAGCUGAUCACUGUUGCUCCAGAGUACCUGCAGCAUGACAUCAUCACCAGCCUACCUGAGAUCCUAGGGGAUUUCCAGCACGCUGAUGUGGGAAAAGAACUCAGUGACCUACUGAUAGAGAAUACUUCACUCACUGUCCCAAUCCUGGAUGUCCUUUCCAGCCUCCGACUUGACCCAAACUUCCUGGUGAAGGUCCGCCAAUUGGUGAUGGGUAAGUUGUCAUCGAUCAGAUUGGAGGAUUUACCUGUGAUAAUAAAAUUCAUUCUUCAUUCCGUAACAGCCAUGGAUGCACUUGAGGUAAUUUCUGAGCUUCGGGAGAAGUUGGAUCUGCAGCAUUGUGUUUUGCCAUCACAGUUGCAGGCUUCCCAAGUAAAGCUGAAAAGUAAAGGACGAGCAAGUUCCUCGGGAAAUCAAGAAAGCAGUGGUCAGAGCUGUAUUGUUCUCCUCUUUGAUGUAAUAAAGUCAGCUAUUAGAUAUGAGAAAACAAUUUCAGAAGCCUGGAUUAAGGCAAUUGAAAACACUUCCUCAGUGUCUGAACACAAGGUUUUUGACGUGGUGAUGCUUUUCAUCAUCUAUAGCACCAAUACUCAGACAAAGAAGUACAUUGAAAGGGUGCUAAGAAAUAAGAUUCGAUCAGGCUGCAUUCAAGAACAGCUGCUCCAGAGCACAUUCUCUGUUCAUUACCUAGUAAGUGUUAAGGAUAUGUGUUCAUCUAUUCUGUCGCUGGCUCAGAGUUUGCUUCACUCUCUAGACCAGAGUAUAAUUUCAUUUGGCAGUCUCCUAUACAAAUACGCAUUUAAGUUUUUUGACACAUACUGCCAGCAGGAAGUGGUUGGUGCCUUAGUGACCCAUAUCUGCAGUGGGAAUGAAGCUGAAGUUGAUACUGCAUUAGAUGUCCUCCUAGAGUUGGUGGUAUUAAACCCAUCUGCUAUGAUGAUGAAUGCUGUCUUUGUAAAGGGCAUUUUAGAUUAUCUAGAUAACAUAUACCCUCAGCAAAUACGAAAACUCUUCUAUGUUCUCAGCACACUGGCGUUUAGCAAACAGAAUGAAGCCAGCAGCCACAUCCAGGAUGACAUGCACUUGGUGAUAAGAAAGCAGCUCUCUAGCACCAUAUUGAAGUACAAACUCAUUGGGAUUAUUGGUGCUGUCACCAUGGCUGGCAUAAUGGCGGCAGACAGAAGUGGAUCAUCUAGUUCAACCCAAGAGAGAGCUAGUCUGAGCGAUGAGCAGUGCACUCAGGUGACCUCCUUGUUGCAGUUGGUUCAUUCCUGCAGUGAGCAGUCUCCUCAGGCCUCUGCACUUUACUAUGAUGAAUUUGCCAACCUGAUCCAACGAGAAAAGCUGGAUCCAAAAGCCCUGGAAUGGGUUGGGCAUACCAUCUGUAAUGAUUUCCAAGAUGCCUUCGUAGUGGACAUCAGUGUUGUUCCGGAAGGUGAUUUUCCAUUCCCUGUGAAAGCUCUGUACGGACUGGAAGAAUACGACACUCAGGAUGGGAUUGCCAUAAACCUCCUGCCGCUGCUGUUCUCUCAGGAGUUUGCAAAAGAUGGAGGUCCAGUGACUUCACAAGAAUCAGGCCAAAAGUUGGUGUCUCCACUGUGCCUGGCUCCCUAUUUCCGGUUACUGAGACUUUGUGUGGAGAGACAACAUAAUGGAAGCUUGGAGGAGAUUGAUGGUCUACUAGAUUGUCCUAUAUUCCUAACUGACCUGGAGCCUGGAGAGAGGUUGGAGUCCAUGUCUUCUAAAGAGCGUUCAUUCAUGUGUUCUCUCAUAUUUCUCACUCUCAACUGGUUCCGAGAGAUUGUGAAUGCUUUCUGCCAGGAAAGAUCACCUGAGAUGAAGGGGAAGGUGCUUACCCGGUUAAAGCACAUUGUAGAACUGCAAAUAAUCCUGGAAAAGUACUUGGCAGUCACCCCAGACUAUGUCCCUCCUCUUGGAAACUUUGAUGUGGAAACUUUAGAUAUAACACCUCAUACUGGUACUGCUGUUUCAGCAAAAAUCAGAAAGAAAGGAAAAAUAGAAAGGAAACAAAAAGAAGAUGGCAGCAAGACAUCCUCCUCUGACACAUUUUCAGAAGAGAAAAAUGCAGAAUGUGACCCUACGCCAUUACAUAGAGGCCAGCUAAACAAGGAGAUCACAGGGAAGGAAGAAAAGACAUCAUUGUUAUUACAUAGUUACCAUGCCUUUUUUCGAGAGCUGGACAUUGAGGUCUUCUCUAUUCUACAUUGUGGACUUGUGACCAAAUUCAUCUUAGAUACUGAAAUGCACACUGAAGCUACAGAAGUUGUGCAACUUGGGCCCCCUGAGCUACUUUUCUUGCUGGAAGAUCUCUCCCAGAAGCUGGAGAGUAUGCUGACACCUUUUAUUGCCAGGAGAAUUCCCUUUCUCAAGAACAAAGGAAGCCGGAAUAUUGGAUUCUCACAUCUCCGUCUGAGAUCUGCCCAAGAAAUUGUUCGUUGUGUUUUUCAACUGCUGACCCCAAUGUGUAACCAUCUGGAGAACAUUCACAACUAUUUUCAGUGCUUAGCUGCUGAGAACCAUAAUGUAGUUGAUGGACCAGGAGUGAAAGUUCCAGAGUACCACAUAAUGUCUUCCUGCUAUCAGAGGCUGCUGCAGAUUUUUCAUGGGCUUUUUGCUUGGAGUGGACUUUCUCAACCUGAAAAUCAGAAUUUACUGUACUCAGCCCUCUGUGUCCUUAGUAGCCGACUAAAGCAGGGAGAACACAACCAGCCUUUGGAGGAACUGCUCAGCCAGAGCUUCCAUUAUUUGCAGAAUUUCCAUCAAAGCAUUCCCAGUUUCCAGUGUGCUCUUUAUCUCAUCAGACUUUUGAUGGUUAUUUUGGAGAAAUCAACAGCUUCCACUCAGAACAAAGAAAAAAUUGCUUCCCUGGCCAGACUGUUCCUCUGUCGGGUGUGGCCAAGUGGGGAGAAAGAAAAGAGCCACAUCUCUAAUGACCAGCUCCAUGCUUUGCUCUGUAUCUACCUGGAGCACACAGAUAGCGUUCUGAAGGCAAUAGAGGAGAUUGCUGGUGUUGGUGUCCCAGAACUGAUCAACUCUCCUAAAGAUGCAUCGUCUUCUACAUUCCCUACACUGACCAGGCACAGUUUUGUUGUUUUCUUCCGUGUGAUGAUGGCUGAACUAGAGAAGACAGUGAAAAAAAUUGAGCCUGGCACGGCAGCAGACUCGCAGCAGAUUCAUGAAAAGAAGCUCCUCUACUGGAACAUGGCUGUUCGAGACUUCAGUAUCCUCAUCAACUUGAUAAAGGUAUUUGAUAGUCAUCCUGUUCUGCAUGUAUGUUUGAAGUACGGACGUCUCUUUGUGGAAGCAUUUCUGAAGCAAUGUAUGCCGCUGCUAGACUUCAGUUUUAGAAAACACCGGGAAGAUGUGCUGAGCUUAUUGGAAACCUUCCAGUUGGACACAAGGCUGCUUCAUCACCUGUGUGGGCAUUCCAAGAUUCACCAGGACACAAGACUCACCCAACAUGUGCCUCUGCUCAAAAAGACCCUGGAACUGUUAGUUUGCAGAGUCAAAGCUAUGCUCACCCUCAACAACUGUAGAGAGGCUUUCUGGCUAGGCAAUCUAAAAAAUCGGGACUUGCAGGGUGAAGAGAUUAUUUCCCAAAAUUCCCAGGAGAGCACAGCAGAUGAGAGUGAGGAUGAGGUAUCAUCCCAGGUCUCCAAGAGUAAAGCCACUGAGGAUGGUGAAGAAGAGGAAUUAAGUGCUGGAGAAAAGGAGCAAGAUAGUGAUGAGAGCUCUGACGACUCUGAUUAGACCCCAGACAGAUUUUUGUUCCCUUCUGUUUCUCUGCGAUCCUCUGACCUUUUGUGUUUAGAGUUUGAAAUCCACUGUUUGCCUUUCUUACUGGAAGCAUCCUAUUUUGUUCCUUUUUUUUUUUUUAGACGGAGUCUCACCCUGUCGCCCAGGCUGAAGUGCAGUGGCGUGAUCUCAGCUCACUGCAACCUCCGUCUCAUGGGUUCAGAUGAUUCUCCUGCCUCAGCUUCCUGAGUAGCUGGGACUAUAGGCACAUGCCACCACACCCAGCUAAUUUUUGUAUUUUUUGAAGAGACGAGGUUUCACCAUAUUGGCCAGGCUGGCCUCGAUCUCCUGACCUCAUGAUCCACCCGCCUCAGCCUCCUAAAGUGCUGGGAUUACAGGCGUGAGCCACUGCGCCAGGUCCUAUCUUGUUCUUAAAGUGAGGGCUUUAUUAACUUAAUUGUGGAUAUCAUGGAUUGCCUAACAUCAUCACAAUCCCUGGAUCAAGAUUCUAAUAUAGCAUUAUUUAUUGGUUUGGAUAAACCCAGACUUGCUACACUGCAGAGUACAAUCUCUUGAGUCAUUAUUCUGGACUUAGGGAGCUAGUUUUGAAACUGAUUUAUUCUAGAACUUAGGCUUGUACCAGUUUUACAAAUAAAUUCUAAGUUC